AUUCCAAGUUCCGUAAAACAUCAUUAACCUAAUGCUCUUAAACAAAGCGUUACAAAUAUACGUUCAUUCGUAAACGGAAAACCAAAGGAAAAUGUCCAAAGAAAUAGAAGAGGAUACCUUCCUAAGGCUAAGGAAAGAAGAUGUCGGUCAUCUGAACACUUUCUACGCGACGACCACCGUUGCGAAAGCAGCUGAUAGAUGGAAGAAAAAGUCAGUUUCCAUAGUCUCUCCAAAAUCCGGCAAGAUUACAAGAAGCAAGAAAAAAGACAAAGUUACGAAUGGCGAUCAAAGCAAAGAAAAAGAAGGGUUCUUCACCAGACUAUUCGAAGACUUCAAGAAAGCCAAAGUGUCAGACUUUACAUAUCAACAGUCGAAUGUGCGACGAAACAGCAGCUACAAACCUUUCUGGGCCACGAAAGUUGAAAAACCCAAAGAAACACCCGCAGUCGAAGAUUUAGCGACUAUAAAAACUAUAGACACAGUUGAAAACAGCAAAAUUUCAAUGAACAAAAAUCUAGUUUUUCAAAAACAAUCGAUAGGAUCUCCUAAAGUUACGUUGACCAAAACUACGCCUAAAGUGAUAGUGACCAAAGUGCCAGUGAUAUCAAACAAAAGUCCAGUGAAAAGGAUUUCGACUGUGGAUUAUCAUACGGAAUAUCGACUUAAAACACCACCAAGCUACAAUGGAAGUAAAAUGGUCAUGCCUACAGGAGAACAGUUAUUCUGGCUCGGGGAGACCCGCCCAUCAGGUUUCGGGCCAGCGACCUACCAGGACUUCAAGGACAUCCGCUCGCGAUGCCUCGCCGAUGGGGUGUUGUUCGAGGACCCGGAGUUCCCAGCGACGGACCGCAGUCUCUACUACAAGGAGAGGCUGGAUCGACCCAUCACGUGGCUGAGGCCUUCGGAAAUAUGCGACAACCCGCAGUUGUUCGUGGACGGGUACACGCGCUUCGACGUCCAGCAGGGUGAGCUGGGAGAUUGCUGGCUGCUGGCCGCCGUGGCCAACCUCACGCUCUACAGGAAAUUGUUCUUCCAAGUGGUGCCGGAUGACCAGAGCUUCGAUGAGGAGUAUGCUGGUGUCUUCCACUUCCGGUUCUGGCAGUAUGGACGCUGGGUAGACGUGGUCAUCGACGACCGGCUGCCGACAUACCGCGGCAAGCUGGUGUUCCUGCACUCGUCGGAGACCAACGAGUUCUGGAGCGCGCUGCUCGAGAAGGCCUAUGCCAAACUGCACGGCUCAUACGAAGCCCUGAAGGGCGGGUCCACAUGUGAAGCCAUGGAGGAUUUCACCGGCGGCGUCACGGAGAUGUACGACAUGACCGAGCUGCCGCCCAACUUCUACAACAUCCUCUUGAAGGCCUACGAGAGGAACUCGCUCAUGGGCUGCAGUAUUGAGCCGGACCCGCACAUCCUAGAAGCGGAGACGCCGGUGGGCCUGAUCCGUGGGCACGCGUACUCCAUCACGCGCGUCAAGUACGUCGACAUCGAGACCCCCGGCCGCGCUGGGAAGAUACCGCUGCUGCGCAUGAGGAACCCUUGGGGCAACGAGGCCGAGUGGAACGGGCCCUGGAGCGACAAGUCUCCCGAAUGGCGCUUCAUCCCGGAGUCUGAGAAGGAGGAGCUGGGGCUGAACUUUGAUGAUGACGGCGAGUUCUGGAUGUCUUUCAAGGACUUUGUACAGCAUUUCUCUAGAGUGGAGAUUUGCAACUUGAACCCCGACUCCCUGGACCCGGAGGAGUGUCCCGAGGGCUGCACCAAGAAGUGGGAGAUGUCCGUCUUCGAGGGCGAGUGGGUGCGGGGCGUAACGGCGGGCGGGUGCCGCAACUUCCUGGAGUCGUUCUGGCGCAACCCGCAGUACACCGUCACGCUCACCGACGUCGACGAGGAUGACGACGAGAACAAGUGCACUAUAAUAGUAGCUCUCAUGCAAAAGAACCGCCGCUCGCAGCGCCACCAGGGCGUGGAGUGCCUCACCAUCGGGUUCGCGGUGUACAGGCUGCCUGAUUACGGCCACGUGCCCAAACCCCUCGACAUCAACUUCUUCAAGUACAACGCCUCGGUUGGACGCUCGCAGGCCUUCAUUAACCUCAGAGAAGUCAGCGCUAGAUUCAAGUUCGAACCGGGUCGUUACGUCAUCGUGCCGUCGACAUUCGACCCUGAUGAGGAAGGAGAGUUCCUCCUUCGAGUCUUCUCAGAGAAGACCAACAACAUGGCUGAGAACGACGAAGAGAUCGGCAUGGGUGAUGUUGAUGAUAGGGUGAAAGAAGUGGUACCACCGAACCCGGAACCAGCUGACCCGGUGCGCGACUUCUUCAACCGCCUGGCGGGCGCCGACGGCGAGGUAGAUUGGCAGGAGUUGAAGGAGAUCCUCGACUACGCUAUGAGGGAGGAGCUUGCGAUGCGGCAUGGUGGCGCGUACGACGGCGGGGGGCCUGGGGCCACACAGGCUACGUCGGGCCCACAGGAGCAGAGCUGUCUCGAGCAGUUAUUGUGCGCCCUAUGCACACCCAUCUGCAAGGAGGUCGGCAUAGAUCUCCAACAAGUCCAACAACAGAAUCAAGAACAAGUUCAUCUUACACAGCCGCAACCAGAACUGAAAGGGCAAGGAUUCUCAAAAGAAGUCUGCCGAAGCAUGAUAGCCAUGCUGGACAAGGAUAACUCCGGAGGCCUCGGCUUUGAGGAAUUCAAGGGGCUUUGGAUUGAUCUGCGUAACUGGAGGGCGGUGUUCCGGCUGUACGACGUGGAGGGUCGCGGCGCCAUCCCCGCGCAUGCGCUGCGGGACGCGCUGCACUCGGCCGGGUACACCGUCAACGCGCACGUGCUCAACGUGCUCGCGCACAGAUACGGAGGCAGCGACGGUUACAUACAGUUCGAUGAUUUCAUCAUGUGCGCUGUGCGACUCAAGACCAUGAUCGCAAACAACGAACCGCUUGAGAACCUCGAGCGAGAACUGGGGUACUCGUGAGCGACGGACGGUGACCACCGGAUACCACCACAAAUACAUUCAAGAGUCGAUCUUCGGGCGGUGAAUACGCUACGUUCUCUCUUGAAGAAUGGCUGAAUCGCACAGUCUACGCAUAGAUCACUACAUUGUCCAAAAUGCCUUAUUAAUUACUAUGUACAUCAGGAUCAUGCCAUAGUUUUAAGGCCCAAAGACCGCUUGCACUGAACGUAACUUCAUAAAUAAUAAAAGUUGCCAGAAAAGAAAAAAAUAAUUCUACUAAGUCGCACAUGGUUAAAGAGCAUGAUAUUUUUGUAAAAAAAAAAUGCAUGGUAAAAAAAUUCUAAAGUCUUGUAGCAUGUGAGUCACAUAGAAUUAUCUCAAAAAUAUUCACAUAACUAUUAUGAAAUCAACCGUUUAGUGUAAGCGGGUUUAACUUUGUAUAUUUAUACGCACAUAAAAAUAUAUUGCAAUUUUGCUGGCCAAAGUAUAGGGUUUAUACGAAGGUUAUCUUCCAAAAUACUCGAAUAUUUUAAAGGCGGUAUCUUUAGUAAAAGUAUCAAUUCUAUGGGAAAAAUAGUUUUGCGGAUAUGGAUAUUUUUAGGAUGGUAAUUAUUUUACAACAGACACACACACACACACACACACACAACACACACGGCCACACACACGGUAAUAUUUACGGCCUAAAAUUAAUACUUUACUAAAGAUACUGCACUUUAAAUUAACAUUAUAUUACAUAAUUAUAUAGAUUUUGUAAAUGUUCGUAUAUAAAAUCUUUCAAUUGAUUGAAUCUAAGUCACAAACUAAUUUUAUUGUAUUUUCAACUUCGUGGUUAUUGAUUAUACUUAAUUGUUUUAAUAAUCUAAUGGAUAAUCUCGAAUACGGGUCGUUCAUUGUCAUUCUAAUCGACUAAUUUUAUUGGCAUUUUUGUAAAAUCUAGAUGUUGUAAUUUUUUUACUUAAUAACUACUAUUUUUUUAUAGUUAUUAGAUUACAAACGCCUUAAGUCCAUUUUCAAAGUACAAUUUAAGAGAAACAGUAUUUUUUUACUCCACCGAUUAUUCAUUCCAAUGUAGUUGGAUCGAGUGUUAUCAUUUUGUGAUCACAUUUAAAUCGAUCAUGAUCACCAAACAUCAUGUUUAGUUCUGUGCGAUUUUAGCUAUAGUUUAUACAAGCUUCGUUAUAUAUUGACAUGAAUAUAAAUUAUAUAUAUAUUUUUUGACCUGACUAUCAGUUGCAUUCACAAUGCAUUUUUAUAUUUGCAGUUAUAAUUUAUUUUACAAAUUGUAUUUUGUAUCCGAGACGAGAUCUGAAUAAAGAUGUUUUCAUUUAUC